GUAGGAUGGUGUGCAGUAGAGGGGCCUCGGUGAACUACGCAGCACUCUACAUGCAUUUUGGUCGCGCGUUGUUGCUGACCACGAGUCCAACAUUUUGAACGUAUCUGGUCCAGAAACCGUCCAAAUGCAGGUAGAGUGUUGUGUAGUGGAGCGAGGCCUCUACUCUUAGCAACGACCUUAAUGACACCAUCAGUUCUAUUCGGUGCAGAGCAAGCGGGAGAUGAGGAAUCUUCAAGGGAACUUCAUGGUCAGCAAUUGUCCAUCCGAUGAGAGAGGGAACAGGACGGGAGGGGAGAUGAGGAGGUAUGUUCACGGAAACUUCAUCGAGGAGAUGAGGAAUGUUCAAGGAAACUUCAUGGUAAGCAAUUGUCCAUCCGAUGAGAGAGGGAACAGGAGGGGAGGGGAGAUGAGGAGCAGGGAGCAGCAGGAGGCCAUGCCGCUUGCUACCUCACAGGGGCAAUCACAUCAAGGACAGCAUGGGGGAGAGGAACCGGGUAUGUUAAAUGACAACAACAACAACAACAAUAGUUGGCUGCAGUUGCCGAGAGCUCAUGCAGAGAGAGGAGGCCAGAGGGACGACAGCUGGCUGCUGUGGAGCCAAGAGAGUAGUGAUGGUUUCCUUAGCUCUCUCUUCACACAACUCUUUCCUCAGCAGGAAGGACAACGAGGGGCAGAGGAAAGAGAUUCUGAGGCAGUGGCUGCUCACAGCAACUCCAGGACAAGCACCACCACCUCCACCUCCUCAGAUCGUGGUUCUAAGUCUGCAGCUGAUGGGGCCAGUGGCUGGGGUUGGCAGGAGAACGGGACUGAGGGAGAAGAUGACUCCCACUCCCCGUCGUCCUCCUCCGCCAUUAGUGAUUCAGCUUCUUCAGCUGGCGAUGGUGAUCGCAGGAAUUCGGAGGAGAAUACAGGGAGGAAGGAAGGUGUCACUGAUUCCUCCUCCUCCUCCUCCUCCUCCUUCUCCUCCUCCUCUUCCUCCUCCUCCUCCUCUUCCUCCUCCUCCUCCUCCUCAAGCUGUUCCUCUCCCUCCUCUUGCUCCCUUGUCUCCUCCUCGAGGUCUUCUUUCUUCGUUGGAGCAACUGUUUCCUCUUCUUUGGGUGGUGAAGAUCACAGGAGGAAUUGGGAGGAGCAUGGGAGGAGGGGAGGGGUUGACGGUGGUGCUGACAACUCGUCGGACUCCUUGAGAGACUGGCAAGUGGUGGCUGGCAAUGAUGACAUUGAUACGAAUUCUUCCAUCCGAUCAGAGAGGAAAGAGGAGGAGGAGGAGGUGCCACAGACUAGAGCAGCAGCAGUUGCUGGAGGUGGUGGGGAAAGGCUUGUUGAAGAAAAAGGAGGAGGGUGGAGUUCAGAGUCAGAUGUUCACUUCCCUGGCAGCACACUCAGUCUGCCAAAAGAGGAGGAACGAGAAGAGAGACUGUCGCCUUCUGCUCGACCGAAGAGGAAAGAGCAGGAGGACAUGGGGAGGACCGGAGAAGGAUCAAUGUUGGAGACGGAAGGACCGGAGAAGGGGCCAUGGCAUUUCGGAGAAAGGGAGGAGGAACGAGGGAAGCGUCUGGAGACGUCAAGCUCGGGAUCAGAUGGCGAUCGUGGCCGCAACAGCGAGUUUCUGAAGGAAGAGAAAGUAUCACCAGUAGGCAAACGCAGUUCUGGUGCUGUAGAACGACCAGGCAAUGAAGAAGAGAAGCAGACACUGUCAGAAGAGGAGGAGGAUGGCCGAGUUGAAGGCCUUCCAGUUGGUGGAAGGAGAAGAGGGGGAUGGCAUAGGAAGAAUGAAUGGCAACAAGGAGAGGGUGUCACUGAUCGCAUCAUGUCGGUCACGACCAAUUCACGUGGUUCUGGCAUUUUGGUCCAUUCGCCUAGAGAAUCUGAAGCUAAUAAGUUAAAUGGCACUGCUGGCAGUUCAACCCAUCCGUCCGGAGAAGAGUCCGAAGCUAACAGCCAUCUGGUUGAUUUGCGGGGAAGGGCGUUUGUGCCAUCUGUCAAAGCUGAUCAUGGCAGAGAGCAUCAGGAUGGUAGGGGUGAAGGUGCAGAAGAAGGGGUUGUUGAUGAGCAGAAUGUGGUCACACAGGUGAUUGGGGAGAAGAAGAGUGGCAGUCAAGUCGCACAAGUGUGGGACUUCGCUUAUCCAGAGUUAAUUGGUUUCAACAGGUCCAGUUGGAGUGUGGGGCACGCGGGAAGGGAGGCUGAGCAAACCGUUGACUCCAGGUUGAAGAACGAACCGGUGGCAGGCACAUCGUUGGCCAAAGGAUGGGAAGAGGAUGUUCAAUGGGAGGCUUCAAAAAAGAGGAAGGAUGAAGUAGGCGAGGAGCAGGAGGAGGAAGACGAGGAGGAGGAUGAAGAGAAGGAGGAGGGUAAGGAGCAGCGGGAGGGGGAAGAUGUGGAGCAAAAGAAUGAGGAUGAGGAUGGGAUCACUGUGAGGAGAAUUCAUGAACCACUAGGUACAGCAACUGCUGAAGCAAGUUUUCGACCAGCUUGUGGGAAUACCAGCAGGUUGCAGCGCAGAGGUUCAAGCUCGGUCCAGCCGGAGCUGAAAGUCAAUCCGGCAGAUUGUUUGCAAGUGGAGGUAGGAGGCGUGGCUCGUGACCUGUCAGUCAAAGGCUUUGACUUGGCCCCCACACUAAACAGGUCAUCCGGGAGGGAGGGGGCUGGGCUUCAAACCGGUUACGCUGAUAUUGGUAUUGGUCAUCAAGGCCCGUCUUCUCAAGAGUUGACCUCCUCACAUCUCAGCUCCAACGUAAGCAGAGAGCAAGUCACAGCCAAAGAAGAGGGCAUUGAUGCAGCAUCUGGCGUUGAGCUUGUCGCGCCGCAAACUAUCGAUCGUUCUGGGCUUCAAACGGGUUACGCUGAUAUUGAUAUUGGUCAUCAAGGCCAGUCUUCUCAAGAGUUGACCUCCUCACAGCUCAGCUUGAACGUAAGCAGAGAGCAAGUCACAGCCAAAGAAGAGGGCAUUGAUGCAGCAUCUCGCGUUGAGCUUGUCGCGCCGCAAACUAUCGAUCGAAACUGGUCUGCUCAACAGUUGAGCUCGUCAAACCUCAGCUCGACUACAAGCGGAGAGCAAAUCACAAUCAAAGAGGAGCGCAUUGACACCGCAUCUGGCAUUGAGCUAGUGGCUGCCCAAACAGGUCGAAAGCGUUUCCGGGAAUCAGACCCCAGUACAUUGCCCAGGAUGGAAAGGGGAGCUCUAGAAUCCCAAUGGACGAGGAGAGUUGGUAGAAGACGAAACUUCCGUGCCAGAGAAGUAGGAGGAAACCAUAGUGAGUUGGGUGCUCCUCUCAACAUCUCUUGGAGUCGGAAAGGACGACAACAGGGUUUGGGGUCAUCUGGGGCGAGACGCGGCAAUCGCCCCCAUGCAGCUGGAAGAAGCCCUGGGCAGAGGAGUAGGAGGGAGUAUUCUCUGAGCACUAGCCCAGGAGCCUCCUCUUAUCGUGGUAACAGGUUGAGGCAUCGGCACGGAAAGGCUCGCCAAGCCCGUCAAGAGGACCCGGAGGAUGAUGGUGUUGUUGUGAGGGUCGAUGAUGCAAACUCGGGAGUGUCAAAGGAGCUUGAAGAGGCCAUUGUAGCUGAUCUUGAGGGUUAUGCUGAAGGGGAGGACAGAGUGACUGCAUUCUCGCGGCUGAACUCAAGGAGGGCGGACAAUGAUUUACGCAUAUCCAUGCACAAAGCGGGAAAGAAAGUCAUUGUGAAGGCUGAGCAGUUGACGAGGGGUAAUCAGCGCCUCCAAGAGCUUCUGGGGAUUCAGCCCCGCACCACAGACGAGCCCGGAGAGCAACCAGUGAAGGUACGGUGGAUUGAUCAAACUGCCAGCCGUUCCCGAUAUGGCAUCAACGGUCAUCCAGAUCGGGACACUGCCAAUAGCACUGACAAUAGCAGCAGCAACAAGGACAACAACAAAGUCACACAUAUUGGUGAUGACGAUAGUGGGAUGAGUGAUGACCUACAUAGUGGUACCAAAAGGGUCAGCGGAAGUAGUACCUCAAGCAGAAAGCUGGGUACGAAUGGAAAGGCCACUGAGGAAGGCACUGCGGCUGACCAUGUUAUGGGACAUGAGCGAGGUGGCAACACAGGGCCCAGGCUCAAUAUGGUGUUACUGAAUGGCAAGGAAGGGGAGGGGAAGGGGUUGGGGGUAGGGAAACAAAGUGAGGAGGGUGGACUGCCAGUCUUACGGAAGGGCUCAAGGGUGGGAUUUCUGGUUGGUCGGUCAAAGAAGCCGGAUCUCCAGAUGCUCAGCGACCUGGCCCCAAGCGGGCCGUAUUGCGGGUCAUUGCACAGCGAUGAUGUGGGGGUGGGAGUCUUGGCCAGGACCGUCUCCUUUGGGUCGGGAGGAACAUCAUGGAGGACCAGUCAUACUGCUGAUCAGGUCACAUCUAGAACAGCCAAUUCUGCAUCCGCCUUCGAGGGGACAGACUCAAUCUUUGCCAUAGCCAAGUCUGGGACCGGAAGUUCUAGGACCAUGCAUAGGACAAGGAGUUUGCUUGCAGUACCGCGCAAUCGAGCGGCACCAUUGGAGUCCCGCAUAGCGGCACUGGAACAAACAUGGCUGCAACAUUUCGCGUACUCCUCGAUCUACACAAAGGUCAUGGGACCGAGAUCGGGUGACUUCUUGGUAAUGUUGAGACGGUUGGUAAGGGAUUUCCCCAACAAGAAAUGGUACGUUCUGUGCCACGAUGACACCUACAUCUUCGUCCGAAGGCUACUAUGUGAACUUGCGCAAAGAAGCCAUAGAACCCCUUUAUACAUGGGGAUGCAGCAUUGCGCAGGCCCUAACUUUAAGUGCAAAACUGGCACUAUUAAGUCUGGAAUGACCAAGUGGGGGCCAUUGGGAUCCCUUGGGGGAUGGAUAAACGGUGGUGCCGGCAUCGUGAUCAGUCAGGGGCUGGUUCGCAAAAUAGAUUUGGUUAGGUGUAGGGAAUACUACAAGACCAAUUGGAAAUACCAACCUCCCGCACCCGAUGUCGUUCUCAGUUGUUGCGUUCAGGACCACAAUGGCAAGAUUACCCAUGUCGAGGGGUUCACAGCCGGAGGCCCCCGCUUAUACGAAUGCCAAUGUGGAAUCUCAAAGUGGGCACCUGGGAAACCUGGAGCCCCAAAGACAUGUAGCUUAAGCCGGAGCGCUCCUCUGCAACACCGUAUCUCGUUUCAUCAUCUCGACCCUUUCAUGAUGAGAGAUACAUACGCCCUCGAGUUGGAUGUAAUUGGCCAAUACUUUUCCCCUCCGGCCACUACCAAGGUCAGAGUGCAAGCACUAUAUGACCUAGGUACCCCAGUAUGAUUAUGCCCAAUUCUUUAAAAAACAAAAAAUUAAAAAGAUGUAUUAUUCCCAAUUCUGCUAGAGGACUUUAUUUCAGAUGCAUUGGAUGUUCUUCGACACCAUUCAAAAUUGAAAGAAUCACUUUGGGCACCAAUGGACAGUAAAAUUUUGGUGGCGAU